GUUGGUAAGCGGCAUCAAUGGCGCUCAGAACCUAGUGACAGAUUUAGCUGGAUUUGCAUGCAAGUACUUGGUUAUUGUGCAACCCUGAGAGGCCUGUUUCCCCUUUUUAAGAAAUGUCAAUAAGAAGAAAACCAAGCAAGUACGGUGUGUCAUCUUCUCACGCGGAUGAAGACGCUCUACCAACAGCAAAUCAGACCAGUUUCUUCCAAAAGGGACGCGAAUUCGAAAGUCGCUAUGUAAAUCACCAUUACACGGAGGAGGAAAAGGAGAAGCUCGCCACAUUUGAAAGUGUAGACUAUCUACCUCCUCACAGUGCUGUGUACAAGAACUGGUUAAAGCAGCAGCCAUCACGUCUUGAUUGGGACCGGUGGGUGAUGAUGGGAAUGAUUGGAUUCUCAGUUGGAUUUAUUGGAUUUCUUAUGCAUCAACUUAUUGAUGUCAUAUCAGAAGUGAAAUGGGACAAAGCCUCUGAGUUUAUAAAGGAUCGUGAGUUUGGCUUAGCUUGGAUAUGGGUCAUUGGUUAUAGUGUACUUUUUGUCAUAGCAAGUUCUGUUCCAGUUGUGUAUUAUCGUCCUUCUGCUGGGGGUUCUGGCAUUCCGGAACUGAUUGGUUUCCUAAAUGGCACAGUAGUGCGACACAUCUUUAACCUCAAGACUAUGGUAGUCAAGUUUUUCUCCUGUGUUUGUGCAGUUGGUGCAGGACUUCCUAUUGGUCCAGAAGGUCCAAUGAUCCACCUUGGGAGUUUGGUUGGAGCUGGUCUGAGUCAGUUUAAGUCACAGACACUUAAGUUUAAACUGCCAUUCUUUGAGAGGUUUCGAAACACAGAAGACAGGCGUAACUUCAUCUCAGCUGGUGCUGCUGCAGGUGUGGCCUCAGCUUUUGGGGCUCCAGUUGGUGGCCUGCUGUUCUCCAUGGAAGAAGUGUCGUCUUUUUGGAACAUGAAAUUGUCAUGGCAGACUUUCUUUGCUUGCAUGGUAUCAACAUUCACCACUGACUUGUUUAAUUCAGCAUUUGAAGGCUUCAAGUAUCAAGGAGAUUUUGGCUUGUUUAAAGCAGAAAAGAACAUUUUGUUUCAAAUUAGUCAUGGAAUUGGAUUAAACAUCUUGGCUUUCAUACCAACCGUCAUUCUUGGGAUAAUGGGGGGUUUAUUAGGAGCUGUGUUCACUUUCCUCAAUUUAAAGAUUGCACGCUUUAGAAGAUCAUGGAUUGCAAAGAUUAAUUCUAAACAAUGGAAAAACAUUGCCAAAGUGUCAGAGCCAGUGUUAAUCAUGAUAAUCACUGGUACAGCGUCAGUUUUUCUUCCUGCGGCAUUUCCUUGUACGCCGUUUCAUUGUUCCUUUACAUCAAAAGGAUAUAGUCGAAAGUGUUUGACAGACACCCAGCACCCUCUACACACAGAAAGAGAUGUAAGAAACUACACAUGUCCUGCUGGUAUGCCAGUAACGAUUAAUGGAACUCAGUUCACCAACUCUUCUUAUAAUGAAGUGGCUACGCUGUUAUUUUUGACGGGAGAAAAAGCCAUUCAUCAUUUGUUUUCCAGAGACACAGCUUACGAACUUGGAUAUGCGUCUCUCUGCUCUGUGUUGGUUAUUUAUUUUUUGCUCGCGUGUUGGUCGGCCGGCAGUGCCAUUUCAAGUGGUUUAGUGGUGCCAAUGUUGUUCAUAGGUGGAACAUACGGCCGUAUUAUUGGAAGAGCUAUGGUGGAUUUAUUCGGUUUCCACUCUACAGGUUACUGGGCUUGGAUGGACCCAGGAGCUUUUGCUCUCAUUGGAGCGGCGUCAUUUUUCGGUGGUGUAUCAAGACUGACCAUGUCCUUAACAGUGAUUAUGAUGGAGAUCACAAAUGACAUUCAGUUUUUGUUACCUAUCAUGGUCGCCAUCAUGGUAGCCAAGUGGGUAGGAGAUUUUGCUACUCAUCCGUUGUACCAUGCUCUGCUGGAGUUGAAGUGUAUUCCCUUUCUUGACUCUGAGCCUGUUAUUCUUCACGAGGGAUCCAAAGCGAUUAACUUGGAGUUGUUUCGAGCUGGCGAAGCCAUGUCCUCUCCUGCAAUAGUUGUGCACAAAGUGGAAUCUGUGUCUCGCCUCACUCAUUUGUUGUUGGACACACCUCAUGGUGGGUAUCCUGUGGUCACUAAGACAGACGCAGACUAUGAGGUGUUCUCUGGACUGAUAUCCAGAAACGAAAUCAUGGUACUUUUGUCUCGAGAAGACAUCUUCUCCUCCCGCAAUAAUUUAUCUCUGCACGAAGAAGAGCUUGACGUGAACAGGUUGGAUUACUACCAGAUGCACCAGGGGUAUCAUCGUGAUGCUGAAGGACUAAAUGCCCAGUUGGAGCGUUACGCUGGGGAGCCGCGUUUCCAAGAGAUGUUUAUUGAUCUGUCUCCUUAUGUGAACCACUCGGCCCCAACUGUUCAGGAGACAUUCUCUCUUCACCGAACGUAUAUUAUAUUCCGAACUCUAGGGUUGAGGCAUUUGACAGUUGUAGACCAAAAGAAUAGGGUGCGGGGAAUAAUUACGCGUAAAGACCUCAUGGGAUUCCAGAUGGAGGAACGAAUUCAUAAGUGUCUUCACAACCCGCACCAGGCCCAAGAAAUGCAGUCACCGAGCUCGUCAUCAGGGCACCGGCCGAGCGUAGAGGCUUGAAGCGACUCCUGUUAAUUUUCAGGGGUUUAAGUAAGAGAGGACGUUGUUCUUGGUGUUUUUCCUUUGAAAAGCAAUGGAAAGUAUCAUGUACUCUUUAUUCGUAAGGUUGUUCAACUUGUAGACAAAACUUGAAAUGACUAUGGCCAACGCAUUGAUGUAAUUUGAGAUUUAGUAAUGGAUAGAUAUUUUGAUAUUUUUAUUAGUUUACUCUGAGAUUGGUCUAAAAAUGUUGUAUUAGUCGUGAAAAACUGGCAAAAUUAUUUUUUUAAGAUUUAGAAAAGUUUAUAAUAUCGCCAGGUAUUUACUGUUAUACCUGUUUUACGAAAGAAAGAAGAAUAAGAAU